CCGUUCCCAUAGUAACAAGCCCUCAGCUAGAGCCAAAUGCAGAGUUAACGACACAGUCUCUACCGACCAUGCAAAACUAAGCUUGGUGCUUUCUUUUCGCGACUGAUGGUGUAUUCUCUAUCAACUAAAGACUCAGUAAGAAGUGAAACUUAAAUUCUAUUUUAAUAUAUUGGUUUUGAUAGGCUGGCGAAGCAUCGUAGAGCUCGUUAUAUAGCCUAACCCAAAUAUCUCUCUGUUACUAGCUCUGCUAUGUUUUAGUGCCCGGAAGUUCUGGGGGAAAAAAGUGAGAAAGGCAUGAAAAGAGGGAACUGGAAGAGAUUUCUGUCCAGUUUUCUCCCAGAGCAGUCAAACACCAUUUUCUCUCGCAAACCCACCGAGGGGACAGACAGAGAGCGCCUUAUCUAAUAGGCUAAUUCACUGGGAGUAUUAGUUUAUCGAUGGGUCUGCCGACGCUGGAGUUUAGUGAUUCUUUCCUGGACAGUCCGGAGUUCAGAGAGAGACUACAGUGCCAUGAGAUAGAGCUGGAGCGCACCAACAGGUUUAUAAAAGACCUCAUCAAAGAUGGAAACAUGCUCAUAUCUGCACUCAGAAGUCUUUCUCAUGCUGUUCAGCGGUUCUCUCAGUCUCUACAGGAUUUCCAGUUUGAAUGUAUUGGAGAUGCUGAGACCGACGAUGAGAUUAAUAUAGCUCAGUCCUUAAAGGAGUUCUCUCAGCUGUUGAGCACCAUGGAAGAGGAGAGAAAACGACUGAUCCAGAACGCUGAUGACGUGUUGAUCUCACCACUUGAGAGGUUUCGUAAGGAGCAGAUUGGAGCUGUUAAGGAGGGAAAGAAGCAGUUUGACAAGGAGACAGAAAGGUACUACUCUGUUUUGGAGAAACACCUCAGCCUUUCCCCCAAAAAGAAGGAAUCACAGCUCCAUGAGGCUGACUCACAGAUGAAUAAGGACAAGCAGGUUUUUUAUGAUGCAUCACUGCAGUAUGUUUUCAAGAUCCAAGAAGUGCAGGAGAGAAAAAAGUUUGAAUUUGUGGAGCCGUUAUUAGCCUUCCUGCAAGGUUUGUUUACAUUCUACCAUGAGGGUUAUGAACUGGCCAGUGAGUUUGAACCCUUCAAGCUGCAGCUUCAGUUCAACCUGCAAAAUGCCCGCAAUAACUUUGAAAGUACACGUGCUGAGGUUGAGAGGCUGAUGAAGAGGAUCCGAUCUGCAGAAGAAGAUUUCAAAGCUCCCAGUUGCUUUACCAUGGAAGGAUAUUUGUAUAUACAGGAGAAACGUCCACUGGGCAGUGUGUGGACAAGAUACUACUGUACUUAUGAAAAAGGCUCCAAGAUGUUCACUAUGAGCAGCACAGAGGCCAGACCAACCAGCAGACAGAAUGGUGUGGUGAAUGGUACGCCAGAGAUGUUCAGGUUGCGCUCGUGUGUCAGAAGGAAGACCGAUUCAAUCGACAAACGCUUCUGCUUCGACAUCGAGGUGGUGGAAAGACAUGGUGUCAUCACCCUGCAAGCUGUUUCCGAGGCCAACAGGCGGCUGUGGAUGGAGGCAAUGGACGGAAAGGAACCUUACACUGGCUUCUUCACAAGAGCAAGUCUUACAAGACUAACAAUCUACACUCUGCCUUCUCUGCUUAGCAAAAAAGAGGAGACAUUUCUCAAUGAGGCAGGCUUCAAUUUUGUUAAGAAAUGCACUGAGCUGAUUGAAACAAGAGGCAUUACCACCCUGGGACUGUACAGGAUUGGAGGAGUGAACUCCAAGGUGCAGCGGUUGAUGACUAGUGUGUUUGCAUCCACAGCUCCUGCUGACAUGCAGUUAGAUGCAGACGCCUGGGACAACAAGACCAUCACCAGCGGCCUGAAGAAUUAUUUCAGGUGUCUGGCAGAACCACUACUGACCUACAGACUGCAUAAAGAAUUCAUCAAGGCUGCAAAGUAUGAUGACCAGAAGUAUAGAGUGAGAGCAAUUCAUGCUCUUGUACACAAACUACCAGAAAAAAACCGAGCAAUGUUGGACCUCUUAACCAACCAUCUACACAAGGUGUCCUCUCACAGUGACCAGAAUCUGAUGACUGUGUCCAACCUGGGAAUGAUCUUUGGCCCCACAUUGAUGAGGUCACAGGAAGAGACGGUGGCUGCCAUGAUGAACAUCAAGUUUCAGAACAUUGUGGUGGAGAUUAUCAUCGAAAACCACCACAAGAUCUUUGGUGAGGCCCCAGACCUGUCCGUACCAUUACCUCAGGCUCCAUCCUCUCGGUCAACGUCUCGGAGGAACAAAGCCAUCUGUCUGUCAUCUGGAAAGAGGAAGGCUCGUCUCUACCCUCCUGCACUGUGCCUGGCAGACAACGACAGCGACACGUUCAGUAGCAGCCCCAGCACAACGCCGAUGGGCAGCCAGGAAUCUCUGUCCUCACACUCAUCAGAAAAGAAUGGAUUGUCUCAGACCUCUCCUCCGUCAUCUCCUGCUGCCGAAUCUGGCUCACCUUCCAAAGCGCCUGCGUCUUCUCCUGCAGCUCCUUCCUGCUCCCCGUCCCACAGCUCCUCCAGUGGAAAGGAUCAGAGAGAACUGACAGACAGCGCUACCUCCCCUCACCUCACGCCUUCUUCCUGGACGUCCUCUCAACUAAAUCCAGCCCAGCAGACUUCCUCUGUGUCCUCUUCAGCAUCCUCUUUACUCUCUGCUGAGAGGAAUUUGACGGUCAAAGGAAACGCCACUGCCUCCUUGUCAUCUGUAAAGCAAUCUAGCUCUCCUUCCAGAGCCUCCUUGUCCACCGCCUCCAUCCAGCACUCCUCAUUUGAGUGUGCCUCCUUUCUCAGGGAGGGUCGGCCUGUUCAGAGAGUGUCAUCCGUCUCCUCUCUGAAGAGCACUCAUUCCAUGGAUCAAAAUCAGGCAUCUAGCACCUCCUCCACUGUCACAGAAACCAGAGCGAUGGACUCUACCUCUCCUUCUCGACAGCAAAGGACUGCUUAUGGCACUGCCUCCUCUUCCUCCUCCUCCUCCUCUUCCUUGUUUCCCUAUCAACUUUCUGCAUCUUCCUCUCUCACCUCCCUACACAUCUCUGAGGAUUACAAAAGCUGUCAUGGAUCGGUACAUAGUCUCAUGUCACUGGACCCUCAAGAGGCAAAACACACACAUAAAACUUCACACAUCCGCAGUGGCUCUGAUCUGACCAUGAAACAUGUUCUUGCCACAUCCAGCAACGGUUACCAGAGGCCUGGGUCACUAUUAUCAGUCACACUACCACAGCGUGAGAGUUCAGUGUUCUCCUCAGCGUUAGACAUAUGUUCCUCAGGAAGGGAAGCAAAAGCUCUGUACUCGUGUGAGGCAGAGCACAGCCAUGAGCUCAGUUUUCCUCAGGGGGCGUUGUUCUCAAAUGUGUGCCCGUCUGUGGAACCAGGUUGGCUUCAGGCGACAUACAACGGCAAAACAGGCCUCAUACCUGACAACUACAUCACCUACAUCUGACUGACCUGAUGAUGCCAUCACCGCAUCACUGAAUAACACAAAGCCUAACUUAGAUUUUAUGGAUCUGCGGCGCAUACAGUAAUACUCCAUGCUGCUGAUCAAAGCUUUAAUAUACCGAUAUAACUGUGGCUGGGUCUGAAUGAUGUGUACAUCUGUAACUGAACCAUGUUAUGUGUUAUUUUACCAGCUAUAAUACGGUAGAUGUUAAUACCUGACUUGCUGGCUGACGGUGCCUCUGCUCACACAUGUCAUCUCACUUAAUCAGCAUAAUCAGAUCUGCUUUCAUGUUUGUGUUCAGAGGAUGCUACAUGAAGUUUGUCUGCAAGGUACAUGUAAAUCACAUUUUUCUCUCAGUGUUGCUAAUUUAUGUUUGUAAAUGAUCGUAUUAAUUUUAUAUUUGUGUCCAGACAUGAAGUGUUCACACCUCUGUGCCAAGAACAGUAUGAAUUUGUGGUCUAAGACUGAAUCCUGCCAUAACACCUUGCUCCUCCUCUCAGUUUUUCUACU